AACAGACAAGGCUAUAUGGGCUUAGAUCCCCUUGUCUUUCCUAACAAGGAAAAAUUGUACCAAAAAAAAAUGUUUUUACAAAUUGUCCGGUCUGUCGGUAAAUAUGGGUAAAAAACUUGUAUCGAAAUACUAAACUAAGAUUACGCAGAAUAAAAAAUCGUCAGAACUGUUCAAUUUAAAAACAAAAAAUUUGUUAGAUGCACACUGAUAGUAUAAGUUUAAAACGUAUAUAACCUAACCUGAAACAAAAAUCGAAAACGGCGACCACCAGAACGUUGCUAAACUAUGUCUACUAAUGGCUGUAAGUAAGGAUUUUAAUGACGUAUUAGAUGACAUAGUGCUUGGUGAAGAAAAAGAGAGCAAGUCUAGCUAUGAUGAAGGGUUCAGAGCAGGCAUAGAAGCUGGUAACAUAGAGGGUUAUCACUUGGGCUAUCAUCGGGGUGCUGAACUGGGUCGUGAGCUAGGUUUCUACUGGAGCACAGUAAAUGAAUGCCUUGAACUAAAUGAAACAUCAGACGCAAAAUUAUCAGAAAAAAUAAUAGCCCAGCUGCUCAAAGUUAAAGAACUAAUAGAUACUUUUCCUCCUAAUAAUUCUGAAGACCAUGACAUACUAGGUAUGGCCGAUGCAGUUAGAGCACAAUAUAAGAAGGCUUGUGCUUUGUUAAAGAUACCUUCAAACAAUCCAUAUGAUGCAGGAGUCUCAUUCUAAAAGAAAA